CCACUGAUGUGGAAUAUUUUUUCGUCCCCCGUAGCAAGCCUCUCGUCUUUUGGCUACCAUAUAUUAGUACCUUCAACCAGAUGACCCUUGCACCUGAGCACGACGGGCUGAGGAGGACGGACGAGAGCAGCAUGUCAGGAUUCCAGCCGCCUGUACCGGGCGACGCGGAGAAGGGACCGGCUCAGUCCAGCCCUGCAAGCGGCUCUUUGUCAUUGCCGCAGGACGACGAGAAAAGGAGUGUGGGGCAGGCGGGAAGGACGUCGAGCGAAACGGCCCAGACUGAGGACCUCGGAGGUGGGGGAGAGAGCCGAAGGCCUGCGUCACGCCAGCGGACACGGGACGAGGCACAGAGUCAACCCGGUGGCGACGUCGCUGGCGGCAACGGCCUGCUUUCCCGCGCGGUGAGCCGCGUGCUCACACACGCGAGCACCAAGUCCAGCUGGAACCCGGGCCCGCCGCCCGAUGGGGGACUGCAAGCGUGGAUGGCCGUCGUCUGCACCCACCUCGUCGUCAUGAACACCUGGGGCAUCGUCGGCUCGUUCGGGCUGUUCCAGACGCACUACACGGCCGCGCUCGGCCGCUCCCCCUCGGACGUCUCCUGGAUCGGCUCGAUCCAGAUCUUCCUCCUCUUCUUCGUCGGCGCGCUGACCGGCCGCCUGACCGACGCGGGCUACUUCCGCCACAUCUUCGCGCUCGGCGUCGCCCUCCAGCUCGUCGGCAUCUUCACCACCUCCGCCGCCUCCCAGUACUGGCAGGUGCUGCUGGCCCAGGGCAUCUGCCUGGGCCUGGCCAACGGCUGCCUCUUCUGCCCCUGCAUCUCCACGCUGUCGACGUAUUUCAGCGCCCGCCGCAGCCUGGCCAUGGGCCUGGCCGCCUGCGGCACCGCCACCGGCGGCCUGAUCUUCCCCAGCAUGGUGCGCCAGCUGCUGCCCGUGCAGGGGUUCCCGGCGACGAUGCGCGCGAUAGGCUACCUGCAGGUUGCCACGUUUGCGGUGGCGUUUGUCGGGCUGAAGCAGAGGAUCCCGCCGCGGCGGAGCGGGCCGCUGGUGGAUUGGGCGUCGUUUCGCGAGGGGGAGUAUACGCUUUAUGCGAUGGGCAGCUUUUCGUUCUUCCUCGGGCUGUACUUUGCGUUCUACUACAUUUCCUCCUUCAGCAGGGAUAUCAUCGGCCUGAGCUACACCGACAGCUUGAACUUGUUGCUAGUUCUGAACGGCGUGGGCCUGCCGGGCCGGCUGCUGCCGAACCACCUGGCUGACCGCUUCGGCGCGCUCAACAUGAUGAUGCCGACGGCCACGAUUGCGGGCGUCUGUAUGUUCUGCUGGAUGGCGGUCAAGUCGACGACGUCGCUGUACGUGUGGUGCGUCUUCUAUGGUUUGACGGGUGGAGGAAUCCAGAGCUUGUUCCCCGCCGUGCUGAGCAGCCUGAACACGGACCUGCGGAAGGCGGGCGUCAGGAUGGGCAUGGUGUUCACCAUCGUCAGCUUUGCGACGCUGGCGGGGCCCCCGAUCGCCGGCGCAAUUAUCACGGCCGAAGGAGGCACCUACUAUGGCGCUCAGGCUUUCGCUGGGGCGUGCCUACUGCUUGGGGCCGCCCUCAUGGUCGCGGCCAGGACGGUCAAAGUCAGGAGGCUGAUGCGCGAGACGGAUGCGCCCGGUUCAGCCUGGCGUGUCAAGGUUUAGGUUCAGCGUGGGUUGUUGCCGGGACGGCCGAUGGGAGUAAAAAGGAAACAUCGAGACGGGGGCUGUAAAUAUGAGCAUGCUGUGAUGACAUCAUGGACGGGGC